AGUGACAGUCACCUCAUUGCAUUUUUAUUGAACAGUCUCAUCAGCAGCGAUAAGACUGAUUUUCAAAAUUGACCAGGAAGAAAACAUUUCAUGAAAAACUCAUGAUAGACACCAUGGAAGAACAUCCUUCUCAACGUGAGACUGCAUCGAGACACUCUGAUGGCUCAAGCUCAGGAUCUGCCAUAAGCUCACCUCAGGAGAGUAGGCACCUGUCUCAUUUACAGGAAUACAUCCUAAAUCUUACUGAGGAGGAGUGGAGGGCUUUCAGCAGCAUGCUGCAAUCUCCUAUGACAAGGUCACAGUUUACAGAACUGUGCAUGACCAUUUUGAAAGUAGUGAGCCUUAGCUCCAUCACAGUAAUUCUGCCGGCGUAUGUCUGUGUGGCAAAGGAUGCAGCCUCAACGCCCACUACCCUCUCAGACGCCACCUCAACUGAAAGGUCUCCUUCAUCAGUGCUGUGCCGUAGCUCACUGGCCACAUCUCCUGAGUUACUGGUGACUGAUGCGGACUUCACAGAUGAGAGUGCUGCGAGUGAAAGCACCUCGUCUUUUUCACCUGAAAUCACAGGUGGUCCUGUGAGUGAACUGGUGCGCAGAAUGAAAGGGGCCCUGGCAACGUUGCGUAAAUCAGUUGCAUGGUACCCAGUGAUCUCUGAGGUCUCAGACAUUGAUACAGAUGUUACAAGCUCUGUGAGUGAGUCCUCUGGCCACACAGAGGCCCAUGAUUUGAUCUGCAUCACUGCUAUCCUGGAAAGACUGGUAGCCAGUGGAAACAUUCACAAGGUCGCCAGCAACCUUGUCAGUCAGAUUCAGGGUGUUCUCCAGAACAGCAGCCCAGCUUCUAUUUCUGUGGCUGCUAGUAAAAGCCUUUCAGAUUCUGUCCUCACUACGAAGGUUAAGACAGUUCCAAAACGGGUUAUAAGUGCCUCUAAUUUAGUUUAUACCUACGCUGAGGAUGCAAUCAAGAAUUUGCUUCAGCCAUAUUUUCUCCCCCUUAUGGAAUGGAAUACAAAUGAAGAUGUUGCUUCGUCCACAAUGUUCUCAUCCAGGAUCCAAAGCACACUCUCCGGCUCUUAUGCCAGUGGUCGUCCACGUAGCUCCCAAUCUGCUGAUGCUGCUACUACCGAAGGUCCCUCUACUGUACCCUCUCUUCUUGGGCUGGAUAAAGCUGAUUGCAGCUGCCUGAUGACAAGACUGAUUCAAAGGUUGCCUGCUAACAUUAAUUAUCUAGAAACAGUGGAGUCUUCCCAAUCUCACAUUGCAACUUGUGAUCGAGGCAUGUCUCCUUCACGUACAUUUAAUGAAGUAGCAAACCUCUUCACCCAAGUGAUGACUUACCAAGUAAUGGACAUAGUUGAUUCGGAGCUGAAGAGACAUGACCAGGCCAGCUUGUCCAACAAAAGACCAUCUAGCGUCAGAUCUUCUGAUGAACCCAGGAUCUUAUCACCUGACAUGGAUGGAACUGUUACUGAAGGAGAAAUAUCCUUUCUACUUGAUACUAGCCCUGGCCACUCUGGUGGUUUGUUUUCCGGACUGAUCCAGAGGUUCCUUGCAGAAUUUAGAUACUCCGAAUCUGCUCUAUCUGAUGCAGGGGACGACGUCAGAGGCGCCGCUGUAUCAUCCCCCAGGAGCCAAAGCACCCGAUCUGGCACUGUAAGCUUUGAGCCAGACAUGGCAAAGGACUCAAAAGUUGCAUCACAAAAACUUAAAAACAUGUUAGGGCUGUUCACCAGUGUGAUGGUUCGCCAAGUCGUGGAUGUCCUUCACAAGGAAUCAACAGUGGAAAUGGACAGAGAGACCGAUCAGACUAAGGUUGUCCCCACUGUAGAAGAGCAAUGCAGUGCAGAUGAGGAGCCUCAUGGCUCAACCAGCAGACCAUCAAGUUCUAAAGCCUCUGAUCGACUCACCAUUUUGCUGUCAGAUGCCAUAACUGAUGGAGAUGAAGCAGUCUGUGACAGUGGGCAGAAGAAAAGUACAGGAAGCCCCUCCACCAUGGCCCAUAUGGUUGGUUCAGACAGCAGUGACAAUGGCUGUUUGGUCACGGUUCUGAUGCUAAGGCUGUUGGCCAAAAUCAAGGACCAACCAACUGCUUCAGCUGAUAUGAUGGACUCCUCCCAAGAGCUGAUUGAGAAGCUUCUCUCUGAGUUCAGCAGUACCUCAGGAACUCCAACCUUCCACACUUAUCCAAGCAAUGUAAAGGUUCAGGCCAUAUUUAGAAACAUGGAUAAGUUCCUCCUGAAGGAAUUUGGACCAGAGACUGUCCUUCAGAGAGCUGUGGAGACACAGGAGGUCUUUUUUGAUAACGUUUUGCUAACGGCAUUGAGGAAGGAACUGCUGCACCAGGGUGGUGAAGCAACUGAUCCCCCGGCAACCCAGAAUGCUCCACCCUCCCCUCAGCUGGUGCCUGUAGCAGAGGAUGGCCCAACAGGGAGCACUAAAUUGAAGAUGCCAAAAAUGAGGUUCAAAAUGAAGAUGCCAAAAAGAAGCAGCAAGAAAGUGUCUCCUACCAAUGCCUUUUCUGACUCAACUGAUAAGCAAUCAGAGACCCCUGCCCCUGGCAUGCCGUGUGAUGAGAUGAAUCCAUCCAUGUCUGCUUCCGGACCGAAGACUCGCAAACGAGCCUUUUUUCUCAGGAUUUUUACAUGCUGAACUUUUGAAGCCUAGGCCAUUAUUAUUCUUAACAAGUAUAUAUUCCCUUUCUUUACCCAAUUGUUUCCAGUCAAAUAUAAUAAUAAA